CCCUUUAACUAUAGUGGCUUGACCUCCCAUCAUUUCACCUCUUCUUUCUACCUCUCAAUUCCUCUCCCCCGUAUUGUCUUUCUUACCGGUCUCAAAUAUAAUUCGCGGCUAAGUAUAACAGCUAGACUAGAAAAACUCUUUAGGAAUGAAAGAGGAUUAGAUAAUACUAAUGGAUCAUAAAGUAGCUGGGAAUCAUCAAAAUCAAGAAAUCUCUAACACAGAUGAUUUCUCAACGAGGAUUAUUAAGCCGCAAAAUUACCAUGCUGCCACUGGCACUGGGAACAGUGAUAGACUGAAGAGAGAUGAAUGGAGUGAAGGUGCAGUUUCGUGUCUUCUCGAAGCUUAUGAAGCGAAAUGGAUACUCCGUAACAGAGCUAAGCUUAAAGGACAAGACUGGGAGGACGUCGCCAAACACGUGUCCGCGCGUGGUAAUAACACGAAAUCGCCUAAAACUCAGACGCAGUGUAAGAACAAAAUUGAGUCUAUGAAGAAGAGGUACCGAUCGGAAUCUGCUACUGCUGCUGAUGCUUCUUCGUGGCCGCUUUAUCCUCGACUCGACCUUUUGUUACGUGGAAAUAACGCGUCUGCGGCUUCAUCUUCUCUAAUUCCUCCUCCGCCGCCGCCGCCUCUGCCGACGCUGCCUAAUACUAAUUGUGUGAUCGACGUCGUGGAACCACCGCAGCCACCGGCGGUACAACCUCCACCUCCGGCUCCGGUGGCUUUGCCUGUUGGGAAUGGUGAUCAGAAUUCACAUGGUUCUAAUGGUCUUGAUAGAGGAGCAAAGGAAGACAUAAUGGAUACCAAAUUAUCGGACAAUGCAGCAGCACCAGACAAAAACGCAACGGCGGCUACAAAUAGCAGCAGCACGCCAGCACUCUACAGCGACAAGAGCAAGUCGAAGAACGUUAAAUUGAGAUCAAAGAAGCGAAAGAGGGCGGCACCGGAAGGGUGGGAAAUCGGAGAGAGCAUACGUCUGCUAGCUGAAGUAGUCGUAAGGUCAGAGCAAGCACGAAUGGAGACGAUGAGAGACAUUGAAAGAAUGAGAGCUGAAGCUGAGGCCAAAAGAGGAGAAAUGGACCUUAAGCGAACUGAGAUCAUUGCGAACACUCAGCUUGAGAUUGCUAAGCUCUUUGCUAGUAUUACCAAAGGAUCAGUUGACUCUUCAUUGAGAAUUGGAAGAAAUUCACCAUGAGCAAAUAAUACUCUGGAAAUUAAAAUAACCUUAUCUCCGUCUAUAAUUUGGUGAUAUCUUCUUGACCCAGCCACUGCCUAAAUGUGGAGGACAUUUUAUUUAGAUUAGUAAUAACUACCACUUUCAUUCUCUUGCUGAUUUGUAUCUUAUAUAAAAGGACUUUACGAUA